UUUAUAAAAGCUUAAGUAUACGGUUGAUGGCAGUUUUGACACUGGUGGCGGCGGUGGGAGGGAUUCUGAACAUAGACUGUAUCAAGAAGACGGCAUGUAGUUGUGAAAUUAACGGUGAUAUUAUCGAUCUUACACCGCUGGCUAAUAAGAACAAUACACCUCGAUUCAAAGAUGUCCAAGGGACUGAACCCGGUUCUCAGUUCUCGUGGAACCCAUGUUAUCCAUUCAGCGAGGGCGUGGGCUGUACCAACGUCUCUGCGUGUCAAAAGCAGGUGUGGGCCACCUAUGCUAUCGGAAAACAGGAGAGUGCGGAGUUCAUCAACGAUCCCAUCAACGGACUGACCAUCCAUUAUCAGGCUAUAGACACGGUUGGGGUUAUAAGAGACUCGUACGUGAGCAUAGACUGCGGUCCAAAUGAAGGAGACCUAACGGCGCAGGGUGAAGUGGGUCAGGCAAAAUACUAUAUGACUCUGAAAACGAAGUACGCAUGCGUAGCAGGUGGGUCAGCGGGCGGACUCAGUGCUGGAAGUAUUUUAAUAAUCAUUGUGAUAUGUGCGGUGGUGGUAUAUCUCAUAGGGGGAGUGUUAGUGAUGAGGUUUGUCAAAGGCGCCAGGGGGACGGAGAUGAUCCCGAACGAAAGUUUCUGGAAGUCUUUGCCAGGAUUAAUAAAGGACGGUGGAAAAUUUGUAAUACACGGUUGCAAGGCCGAAAAAAGCUACGCGUCUAUUUAACGAAUAGACCUACAUGUACCUUAAUAUAAACUCUAGAACGAAAGUAGAAAAAGUUUAUAAAACAUUUAUGAAACAAUCAUAAAGAUUAUGCUGUUGAUGAUAUUAAUGACCGUGAACUAAGGAAUGAGAUGAUAUUAUAAUGUUUCUGUAACCGUGAAGAUUUAUAAUCUCACGUAUUCUACUUGAUCUUUAUAAAGUAGGCCUACCGGAAACUCUCAAAUCGUUUACGAAAUGUCUUUGGUAGUGCUUUAUCAACAGAAAAUCAAAGGACCUCUGCAACGACUGUGGAUUUUUAACGCAAUUGAAGCAUUGAAUAGUUCCAAAUGUCUACUUAUCAAAAAGGACUUCAUUGUAAGAAACCAGAGGAUUCCGUCUAAAACGGCAACAGGAUACGGUAUAGGGUGGUUGCCCUUGACGUCGCGUGCAACAAUUUCACCCAUCCAGCCGCCAAAAAUAAAAAGACCAGGUGUGGAAAAAAUAAUGGCAGCCCUAUACUAAUAAUAGUGAGUUGGAAUUCUGACAAUAUUUCAAUAAG